UUCUCCGACUUCUCAGAGGGAUGCUAAUGGCGUUACCUAGUUGAUACCUGUUCUUGCUCGACCCUUUUACCACAGAUGACCUUUAAUUUUCCAGACACUUGGUUCUUUGUUGGAGAAUGAGAAAGUACUUCAGAAGCCUGCAACCCCUUACCCGGUGUCAGCUUACUUUCCGCGCCCCAUUCAAGAGACCGCCUACGUGUGAGGCUCAGAUUGCACAGCCACCUAGGGGCUGCAGGGGCCUGUGAGUUAUCAUUUGGUAUGGAAGGAGAUGAGUUCUUUGGAGAAAAAACAUUUCAGCAUUAUUGUACAGAAUUCAUUAAGCAUUCACAGCAGAUAGGAGAUGGUUGGGAAUGGAGAACUUCAAAGGACUGUUCUGAUGGCUAUAUGUGCAAAACAUCUUUUCAAAUUAAAAAUGGGACCGUGAUGUCACAUCCAGAAAUAUCAGCUCACGUAGAGACUUGUCUUUCCAUGGAGGAAGCUUUAGAUUCACCCGUGGAUGAUUUUGAAGUGACUGAGCCUACAGCAGCAACUGAAGUGAUUAAAUAUGAGUAUCAUGUCUUAUAUUCCUGUAGCUACCAAGUGCCUGUGCUUUACUUCAGGGCAAGCUUUUUAGAUGGAAGACCUUUAACUCUGAAGGACAUCUGGGAAGGAGUCCAUGAGUGCUAUAAGACACGGCUGCUGCAGGGGCCUUGGGACACCAUUACCCAACAGGAGCAUCCAAUACUUGGGCAACCAUUUUUUGUACUUCAUCCCUGCAAGACAAAUGAAUUCAUGGCUCCCGUGUUAAAGAAUUCUCGGAAAAUCAAUAGGAACACCAACUACGUUACCUCAUGGCUGAGCAUUAUCGGGCCAGUUGUUGGGCUGAAUCUACCUCUGAGUUAUGCGAAAGCAGCUACUCAAGAUGAAUGAAAUAUUGACUGACCAGGUACAAUGAAAAACUAAUUGACACGUUUGCCGUUGCAAAGAUCACAACAAUGUCUCUGAUGCUCGUGGACAUGUCAUCCUUGCUGGCCCCACCAGAUAUCAAGCUCACUUUCAUCUUUUACAGACUGAACACUGACUUGUGUUUUUAGUUUUCCAACCAACCAGUGCCCAAUAAUUUAAAAGAUUUAACUUUACUACAAUAGUAGUUACCCAACUACCGAACUGGAUGGUUUUAUUUUAGAACUGAUAUUCUUGAAUAAGUCUUUACUGCUCAGUUAACCUUCUUUUAUUCUCUAGCCUUUUGUUUUGUUUAUAUUCUUCUAUUGAGUCCAAUGAACAUAGAAAUAGCAAGAAGAAAACUGAGUUUAUGUGGUGACCCUGGUUUAGUACCAACACCCUGUGAUAUUUCAGCACAUCAAGAUUUUGACAUGGAUUUUUUUUAAUCCCUUGAUAGCAACUGACAUACUAUGUAUAUUGAAAGGAAAUAUCUCAAAGACACAAAUCACUAUAAAUGGCAAAAAAUUGAGUCUAACUCAAUUAUAGAACUACAGACACCACUAAAGUACUACCAGGUCAUUCUUUUCUGGACCAAACAAAAUAUCCCCUUUUCUGAUAUGAAGAUUGAUGGAGAAAUAGAUAUCUGUGCUCAUUUUAAUGUAAGUUGUGUGGAAAUUAUAGUAAAAUAUAAGAUUUACAUGUCACUGAAAGCUAAUGUCAUAAACAUGAUCUAUCUUACAUUAUUCUCCCACAAUCAGACUCAGGGAUGAUAGAUUAUUCAUUCUUUUUUAAUUUAAAUGUGUGUUUGUAGAUAGAUAGGGAGGUAGAGAAUAAAGAAAACAAGUAUAGGAGAUAGUGUAUAAAAAUAAAAAGUGAGAUAAUGUAUUUUUGUAAGCAAAGUGUAGCAGUAAGGUAUUAAGAUGAACCUGAUCUGGGAGAGUUUUUUGUUCAGGGCUGCUUACUUAGUUUUUCAUUUUAACUUGCCAGGGGCUGAAAAUGUAUGAGAAAAAUGUAAUUGGCUCUUCAGAGAAUCUAGAUUAGUGCCUGUCAGUGAAGGAUGUACUUUGGAAUUACCUGAGGAUCUUUUACAACUACAAAUGCUGAGAGCCACCUUCAGAUGCAGCCUCACUGCAGUGAUUCUGAAGCACAAGCUUCUGAAAGAUCUCUGGUCUGAAAGUACUUUUAUUGUGGGAAUUAUUUGUGUGAUUUGGGUCAACAUAGCAGCGUUUUCCAAUUCUAUGUGCAACUCUGGAAAACUGGACUGAUUUCUUCGCCCUGAGAUCCUAGAGAGGAAGGAAUUCUAGGACUGGAGAGGCAGCCUGUGGGAGAAGCUGUUAGUUUAAGGGAUUAUCUGCUGGUGAAUCUGACAGCACUCACUUCCAGCCAGUUGGUUAAGGGCUGGACUCUCACAGAGAAGAGUAGUGGAGAAAGAGUUAAUUCAAACUGCUAGAAAAGCUAAAAGUAAAUUUUAAAAUGCUGAGCUGCAUAUAUUCAUGCCGGGCUGUGAGCCUGCUUACAUGCUUGCUGGGCAUUUUGGUAUUUACCACUUAACAUCUUUUCAACUUCUGCAAGGGAUUUCUCCCCCUCCCCUUCUCUUUAAUGUAAACACAGAUUUCUCAGCAAGUCCUUUCUCAAACCUUGUCUUAUCUGCUGCUAAAUAAUAAUAAUAAUAAUAAUAAUAAUAAUGUGUCAUCCAGAUGAUACACUCAUUUGGAAAUAUUAAUUACAAUUUGGUAACAGACUCUGAGAUGAUAGUUUGUGGUCAGCAUGUAGUUGUUUUUAAAAGUGAAUUUUUUUUUCUUUGGUUGAUGAAGACCUGAAAAUUCAUCAGUGGCAGACAAAAGUUCAUAUUGCCCCUGUAGGCUAUAGAGAUGUCUCCCCAGAUAGUAUAGACAUCCCCCCAGAUUAGAUUCCCUCUCCUCAAGUUACUGUUUCUUUUCAGAAUGUUUUUUACUUAAAAAAAUUAAAAUUCUUGAUUAAAAUGUGAAAAAUAUUUCCAGUUUUGAGAAUGCACUUAUACAACAGACUAUUAUCCCAACAGUUAUAAAAUAUUAAAAAAUAUUUUGUUUUUUCAAAGAAACGCUUCUUUCUCUGCAAUAGGAGGAUUUUUCCCUCCAGGUUUCCCAUCCAGUUAAUAUAAUGCAAAGCCCCUUUCAGUCAGAAAUAAGGCUGGUUAAAGCUCCUGCCAGCCAGUCUCCUGAGCUCUACUUUUGUGUGACCUUGGAAAAAUUAUUUCACCUCUUUGGUCCUCAAUUUCAUCAUUUACAAAAUGAGGAAAUUCAACUGUGAUUUGUGAGGCCCACUUCAAUCCUUGGACCUUUGGAAUAGUGACUGUACCAAAGACGUAGCUGAGUCUGGCUAGCUGUGCUAUAUCACUUGGGCUAAUGCUCUUCAUGUCCUUUUAUCUGUUACCAUUUUUAUGAGUAAGAAGCACACAAUACCUAUCCUGCUUAAAGGCACAGAGAAGCUCACAAUGGUUGGUACAUCUGAGUGUGCUUCAGCACCAACACAAUGCCCCGCAGAAUCUGGAUCAUGGACAAUGGGCCCCUGCUCCUGCCGGGACCUCCUUUUGUGUCCAGCUGCUCCCAGAUGCAAAUGGAGAUCAGGCAGAUCUUCUCUGCCGUGUCCUUCUCUGACUGUCGCUCAUGCCACUUCCCACUUUGAGAUUCUUCCUUCCCCAUGCCUCUACCCGGCUCUCCACCUAGUCCAUAGGAGUCCCUCUUCAAGAAAGCCAUCUCCAACCACUAGCACCCAAUUGUCAACCUCCCCCUUUCAUUUUUCAUGGUGCUUAGUCAUAUUAGCAUUUAAUUGUCUUUUUUUUUAAUUCUUUUUUAUUUUAUAUAUUUCUUACAUCAUUUUUCAUUUUUGCAGAAUGUAUGCAUUUUCAUCUUGGUUAUAGUCCCCAUACAAUUCCCACCCCCCUUGUUUUGAUCCUGCUCCCUUCUCUCUCCCCUGCAGUGUGUCCCUGGUUUAUAGUUGCUUGUUAAUUUUGAUUUUUACUUUAUUAUAAUUAGUCUUUUGCUUUCACUUCUUCUCCUUAAUAAUGGAUAGUAUGUAUACUUAAAGUGAUGACCCACUUUUGGGGACUAUGUAGUGUUUCUAUAUAUUUAUUUAUUUAUGCAUACGGAAACUGGAGAAUAGGUCAGAGGUACAGGGGGUGAGAAGAUUCACCAGAGACAGAGUGGGGAGCAGAACAGGCAGGUCUGCUGAGAUACACUGCUGAGGGGAGCAGCAGGCGAGUCAGGAGAGGUCUGCUGCGUCAUGUGGGUAGCUCCCUGGCUGGGGAUGGACUCAGGCCUCAGUGGCUGGUGACAACUUGAUAGUACUGAGACUUUAACCCUGUGCCACCAGGAGACCCUGGGGACUGUGUUUUAUAGCAUAGUAAGGUGGCAUACAUAGAAGAGUUGGUAUCUGCCCCUUGUAAUCUAUCCAGGGAAAACUUUCCAGUCUGGGGAGUUCAGUGGGUGGGCUAGUUCUUUGAGCCACCACUGCAAGGGUCGGAAGCUGUGUUGAUCCCUGGGUGCUAGUCUAUAAUACGAAAAUGUAUUAAAGAGGAAAAAAAGAGUUAAACUGGUCUUUUGCAUCUGUUCUCCUAAGAUAUUAUUUUUAUUCAUCCUCAAGAUAUUAGAAAUAGAGAUCUGUAUUGUCAGAGUCAGCUCUUAUAUAAUUCAUAGAGCUGAUAUUCCAAUGAGUUGAGGGUUAUUUUAGGAUUAAAACUUGAGGGUAAGAAUAUGCAAAUAUUCUCUUCUGUGGAUACUGAACUACUGUCAUGUACUGAACCUGAGGUUAGGUGAUAGGCAGAGCAGGUGUGACCCUGCUCUCAGGAAUGCCUCAGUGCAUUGGAGAAACUGACAGGUGAGGAUGGGGGCUGGAGAAUGCUCGUCAUGGCAGAGGUGUGGAAAGCAUGCACUAUGAAGGCUUGCACAAGAGAGAUGUGAGUGCAGUCAGAAAAACUCAGGUUUUAGCCUGUUCAAGAAUGAAGAAAGGGGGUCUUCCCGGUGGUGCAGCGGUUGAGCGCUGGGCUGCAAAGCUGCCUGCAGACUCUGUAGCACCAGUUCGAUCCCCAGCUGUAGGCGAGGGUCCCACAUGGCGCAGCAGACCUCUCCUGCUGCACCCGCUGCUCCCUCAGCAGUGUAUUUCAUCAGUAUGCCUGUUCUGCUCCCUGCUCUGGCUCUGGUGAAUUCUCUCACCCUCCCGCUCUUCUAACUGUACCCAAUGCUUGUAUAAAUAAAUAAAUAAAUCUUUUAAAAAAAAGAAUGAAGAAAGACCCUGCACACACAAAUAUAUACUUUAUAUAUAUUACAUAUAUAAUUUGUAUAAAAGGAUGUGUCUUGUGUUAUAAUAUAAAUGUAUCUCUAACUCCAAGCAAGCGUCAGAAGCUUGAAAAUUAGAAUAAAUAAACUCUCUUCCAAUUCUGUGAUCCUCUAGUUCUUCUGACUGCUGCUGACCAAUAUAUUGCUAAAGGUUGUUCUAGAAGGAGAUAAGAAGUAGUUUAUUAUUUCUUCCCAUAAUGCUGAGCUACUUUCAUGUGAACAUAAGUCCCUGCAGAAGCCCCUCUGGAUUUUUAUAGGGCUUGUGUACAAAAGUGUUUUAACAUUUUUAUUCUUAAAUAUGGUGGUCUUUCAAGCAAUGCUGUAAUAGAGAGCCCUUACAUUAACUUUUGUGCUGUCAAUAGCGGCACCUAGUGGUAAAGAAGCCCUAAUGCAAGGAUCUUGUAUUUCGACAAUUAGAGCUGAAGUGAUUUUAGAGAUUACCCAGUCCUAUUUCGUAAAUUAUUAAAAACAAGCUGAAAUCUUAAAUGUAUUUCUACAUUAAAAUAUACUUUAUAUGAGAAUGAAUAAAGUUAAUGGCUGCGUGGUAAUUUCUGGAAUUACUUUCCAAAGAACCAGAAAUCACUAUUGUAACUAUGAGGCAGAAAUAUAAAAAAGCAUGCCGUUGGGUUAACAAUAUACCAUAAUGCAGAAUAUCCUGAACCUUUGGUGAGUUGUUAUUUACACAUGCAUGUCAGAUCUCAGACUUUAUCAUGGUGUCUGGUACUUGGUAACACUCAAUAAAUCUCUGUGGAUAUUUGAGUAUGUGGGUGACACCUGAGCAUGGCUUCCCCGCGGUCUCUUUUCUGCAGACAGCAGGGAAUGGGCCCACUCUCCUCUUUCUGGAAUUUCCACCCAUUCUGUCUUUUCAGAAGCUUUCUUUUCCAACAUCAACAACAAAGAGGAUAGGUUCAGAGAGGCCCUUUCCUAAUGUUAAUAGGGAAGUAGCUAAAUAAAACAUGGUCCUUCACAGUGGUUAAGGGGAAUGAAUUCAAUAUCUAUGGAACAAAACAGGCAGAUCUCAUAAAUUGUUGAGCUAGGAUAGGAAACAAAUACUAGAUGCUAGCUGGCUGUGCCGCCCAUUAAACACUACAUCAGAACUACACCAAUCCCAUACAUUUUCUACAGUACAUAUACAGUAUAGGUGUUAAAAACAUAAAACAUGAUCAAGAAUGAGAGUGACACAUGGGAAAUUGGCUUAGAAGUGACUCUGGAUUAGAAGAGAAAUUGGAUUAGAAGUGACUUCUGUAUUAAAGAAGACUGAUUCUUAUGUAAUGCUACAUUUUUUUAUCCUUGCAAUGUGAAACUAAAAAUUCAUUUAAAAAAAUUUUAGUCCUCAUAAAUAUAUCACCUAAACACAACUAUAGUUAAAUUUUUAUGAAUUGCAAUAAACACUGUUAUGUGUAUCUUCAUACUAGUUUAAACAUAUUUACUAGGAUAUAUAUGUCUUAAUAAAUAAAUAAAUACACGUGGUUUAUACCUCCGGAUUUUUUCCACCUUAUAUUUUGAAUAUUUUCCUGUAUUAUUUAGUCUUCGUAGAAAAAAGAAACUUAAAAUGACUGGGAUAUCUUCUGUAUCACAUUGUACCAAGUAAUUAUCUUAUUAUUGGACUUUUAGGAUGCUUUGAAGUCUUUGCUAUUCAUUUAGCAUACAUUCAUUGAGCCCUUGCUUCAAAGAUCAAGAUCUAUGCUUGGGAAGGUGAUCAGGAGUGCAAAUGAAAUCCCUCCCUUGAAUAGCUUGUAGAAUGUAGUAUAGUGAAAAAAUGUAUGUAGAAGCAGUUACUGGCAUUUGUUUCUUUUGGUUAUACUGGUACUAAGGGAAUUAACAGAUCAAAGAAUAUGGGAUGUUCUUAUGACUUAAGAUUCACUUUGCUAAAUUGUUCACUACUAAGGUGAUACUAAUUUACAUUCCCUGCAGCAAUCAGUGUUUUACUAUUUCCUAAAUUCUUUUAAAAUAAUUUUAUUUUAGUUUGCUUUUAUUAUUGAAUUGGACAUUUUUCUCUGUCAUGCUAAAAUAUGCAAGGAUUCUCAGCUUCAUUUCUUCCUGAUAGGUUAUGCAUUUCUCAGCACUGCUAGAUUUGGUUUCCUCAGCUCCUUCAUUGUCCACACCAUUACCCUGAGUCUCCAUCCUGCUCCUCUUGCAGCUGACUGUCCAUGUACUGGCUCGAGUACAGAUGGGAGAGCAUGGCAGUUAAACAAUUAAGAUGUGUGUGUAAUUAAAAUUUUAUUACGGAAAAGUGCAUACAUCCUUAAAAGUAAAGCAAGUUGUACAAUGAGCCCUCACAUACUUAUACAUCAGAAUUAGAGUUACUAAGAUUUUUCCCAUAUUUGUUUCAUUUAACCUUUCUUUAUGUUUGCUCAUAUAUUUCAAAGUAAAAGGUAGACAUUAUGUCAUUUGUUUCUACAGGUGCAUAGUGAACAUUUUUUUUCAAUCUGUCAGUUACUCCAAUCUUAGAUAUAAAAAUGUCUUUGGGUUUUUGUCCUCUGUUUUUACUCCUGAGUGUGGGACUUCACACCUUUCAGAUUCAGCAUUGGCCAGUGAUGCUGGGGCUUUUCUCUAAAGUUGGGAGCUGUUCCAUAGUUAGGUCAGCAGGAGCCAUCAAAGCAGAAUGUGACGUGCAUUUUGCAGGUUCUGUGGCCUGGUUCAUCCACUCCCAGUUCUUACUACAUUGGGGACAUGUCAUUAACCAUGUCAAAUCAUAGGUGACUUCUUGUAAAUGUUCUCAGCUGUGAUCAAAGGAAAAAUAUGUAUUAUGUCACUAAGUCUGCUCACUGUUGUACAGAUUUAAAUAGUCACUAGUUUCUUGGGAAGGAACCCCCUUGAAAAUCUGAAAAAUGUAUAGAAACCAUUUUAUAAAAAAUACAUGUGUGUUUAUAUGUUUAUGUGUGUACAUACACAUAUAGCUGGUUGUUACAUAUAUAUAUUUAUAUUUAUAUCAGAAAAUUCUGCAUAUAGUUUUAGGAGGUUCCUAAACCAUCUAAAAUCUAGUUCAAAUUCUGAAUCAAGAAUCAUCAUCAAUAAAUCCCAUGUACAGUUGCUUUCUUAUAUUGCACACACACACACACACACACACACACACAGCUAUAUUAUGUCAUGAGCAAGAGGAAGAGAGGCAUAGUGAUUGGGGAAAAAACUAGUUCAUCAUCAACAUAAGCUACAGAAUGAACAAGAGCAGUUACUUAAUACUAGAAUUAAGAUCCUAAAAAAAAAUACUUUGAAUCUAUUGGGGACGAACAUAAGGAAAAAGUGGCCCAAUUUACCUGUCAUGCUAAAAUACGCAAGGAUUCUCAGCAAAGAAUCUCUUGUUCUCACAAACAACAGAGCACCUGAAGCUUUCUAGCUAUAUAGAAAACUAUAGCUUACUAUGUACAGAACAAAUUCACAAAAUCAUUAGAGAAAAAAGAUAUAGGACAACAAUCUACUUCAUAUCACUGUUUCUAAAUAGGUGUUAAUAAGGUAACAUGUUCUAACAAGUAACAUUUCUUUCAACUGCCAUCAGCUGUGAUUGAAAUAAAAAACUAUUAAAACUGUGGCCUACUCUGCUCACUAUUGUAGAAAUUUAAACAUUACCUGGUUGGCAAAGAGUUAAAGAAGCAUUAUAAUAUAUGUAUUCACUAUAAACUUAUUUGAAAAUGUUGGUGUGCUCAGUGUGUCCUAUAAUUUUAAACCAGCCAAGUAAUAGGAACCCUGUUCUCUUUCCUAUUAACCACAGUAAAAGCAGUUUUAGAAAGCUUGAGUUAAACGAAAUGUUCACACUGUGAGUGAAUGAAAGAAUGAAAUCCAUGUCGAUAACUUAUUACCACAUAUAAUC